UAUGUAUCAUGCAUUACAGCUGCAGAAAUUGAGGAAGAUGGCAAGUGUUUCACUGGCCGCAGAACUCGUCUUCCUGCCCCUAAGCCUCUUACAGAAGAUUUCUCUGUAUGGAAUUUCUUGUAUAAGAACAUUGGAAAAGACUUGUCUAAAGUGUGCAUGCCAGUCACCUUAAAUGAACCUCUGAAUAUGCUGCAGCGCAUGUGUGAAGAGUUAGAGUAUAGUGAGCUUUUGGAUAAAGCUGCUGGCUUGGAAGAUGCUGGAGACCGCAUGGUACAAGUUGCAACAUUUGCUGUCUCGGCCUAUGCUUCAUCAAUAUAUCGUGCAGCUCACAAGCCUUUUAAUCCUCUUCUCGGAGAGACUUUUGAAUCUAUCAGAGAAGACAAAGGCUUCAGAUUUGUAGCUGAACAGGUAAGCCACCAUCCCCCUGUCAGUGCUUGCUAUGCCAAGAGUCACAACUUUACCUUUUGGCAAGACAUUCGAAUUAAGACGAAGUUUUGGGGCAGAUCACUUGAAUUUCAACCAACAGGGAAAGUCCACCUGGUUUUACGGGAGCCAUUAGAUUCUGGGACAGAAGACCACUAUGAAUGGAAUAAGGUGACCUCUUGUGUGCACAAUUUGUUUGGUGGUGGCCAGAGGUGGGUUGACCAGUAUGGAGAAAUGAUCAUCAAGAACACUACCAAUGGUCUACUCUGCAAAUUGUCAUUUGUCCGGGCUAGUUCAUGGUCAGCAAAACGCCACGAAGUCUUUGGGACUGUCACAGACGCUGAUGGCCAAGUGAUACACAACCUAUUUGGCAAGUGGACAGAGGCGCUCUACUGUGGACAUGCUCCCUCAGCUCGAGUGAUGUGGCGUCCAGGGAGCAUGCCUGAAGAUUAUCAUCUUUAUUUUGGUUUCACGCGAUUUGCAAUGGAACUUAAUGAGUUAGAUGAUGAUCAGUCCAAAUAUUUACCUCCAACAGACACCAGAUUUAGACCUGAUCAGCGGUUAUUAGAAGAAGGUAAUAUGUCUGGAGCCGAAAUGAUGAAAACACAGCUGGAGCAACAGCAGCGUGAGAGGCGCAAGAAUCGUGAAGAAACUGGAAUUGAACACAUACCCAUGUGGUUUAGACGUGAGAUGGACUGCAGCAAAGAAGAAUCUUGGGUGUUUACAGGAGAGUAUUGGAACAAGCGUAAGGAUCCAGGGUUUGUAAAUAUGACAUUUGAGAAGUUGUGGUAAUAUUUGAUAUAGUAAGACAACUGUUAAAAUUCUUCUUUAUAUUUUUGAGAAACUUGUGUAUAUGUUACCUGCCUCUAGAGUCACAACUGAAUACAAGGAGAGAUUAAAUAUGAAUAUAAAAAUUGUAUCCCACUGAGUCACACCAUAUAAAGAACAAGCUUAGUGAAGAAUUGGAAAAAUGGUCCCCGUUUAUUUACUUAAACUAUUAUCAUAUUGCGUAAUGAUUACCAUCAUUAAGCAUUUUGUACAAGUUUAACAAGUAUUAUCUCUGUAUAAGUGUAUUGGAUGGUUGAAAUCCUCACAAUAAUGAUAAAUCAACCGAGAAGUGCUAGGCAUAGAAGCCAGAUGACAGUUCCUGGAAACACAUACAUGACCCACUUCAGUUAUCAAUCACAUGGACUUUAUAUUGUUUAGUUAAGGCAAAUCCCCUUCAUGCUAUUAAAUUUCACAUUCAUACAUCUUGACUCUGCUUUCUCAAUUAUUAGCUUAGAAGAUUUAUCAUUGGGUGGACAGGUGUCUUAGUGAGAAAGUUUGAAGUGCUCUUGUGUGGUACAGUGUACAGGUAAUUGUUUUGAAGUGCUUUGUGUGGCAUCUCUGAUGAUAAUGCAUUCCAUUUUCAUCAACACUUGCCAUCAUGACAACUACAGUAGUAUGGUUAAACACUGUGUGUGUAUGGUUCUCCAGUUACUUCAUCAGAUGUAUAUUUUUGUUUGUAUGAUAAUUUUUGAAGUUGUUGUUUACUUGUGUUUUGUUUUGUUUUUUGAAGAAGUUGUCCUAUUAUUAUUAUUAUUAUUAUUAUUAUUAUUAUUAUUAUUAUGCAAUGGAGUGUCAACUUUGCUGAUUUGGGGAGUCUCUUUACAUGGGCUCAUUACAAAAUAUCUUAUAUUAAAUAAGAAAUUCUUCUGUAUUCAGAGCUAGAAAGUCCCCACACAUUUUAAUUGAUAAUUAUAAUUACCAGUCGGAGUUUUAAGUCAUUAUUAUUGUUAUUAAUUUUGUUGUUAUUUUCUAGAAACUGGCUUGAAAUUUUAUCUUAAAACACUCUUCAUCAAUUUCAACACAAUUUUCAAAGCUGUUGUAUUUAGGCUGUGUCCAGCUGAAUAGAAACGCAGACUUGAUCAUGGUUGGGUAGCUUUUAGCAGUUGAUUGUCUUUUUUUUGUCAUAUCAGUAGGUGAGGGUCCUCCUGCAGAUUGUGUGAGUGUCCCUGUACACCCUAAGAAAAGCAUCAUCUAUUGUGAAGGAUUCAUUUUCUUUCAAACACAAUUACUAUUUAUUUUCCUUCUUGCCAUUCAUGUGUCGAAGAAAACACAGCCUUCUGUUAGUUCUUUAUAUAUUAUGGUACCUCCUUGACAGGUAGUGAUGUUUUAAUAUCUUCCUAUAGUAAAACAAUUAAAAGGUUACAUAUGUCACCAAUGUUUGCAUUAGAAGGCAGCAUUUUUGUAAUUCAUAAGUUGCACAAUAAUAACUAGCUACAUUAAUUUUAGAGAAUAAAUAAUUAAUUAUGCCAUAAACACAGUUGGAUUCACUUGUCUUUUCAUAAUAAUGCUGUGCCUUUAGUAGAAAUUUACUUCACUUUAGAAAUGUCACUUUACACUUAAAGGCUACACCGUAAAUGUUGUGUAGCUGUUGUUAGUAGUGAAAUGUGUGAUAUUAUCUUGAUCUCUACUUGUUCUUUACAAGUACAAGUACAUCACCGAUUUUCCGGCACCCUUGGUUCCAAAGCCUUGCCGGAUUAUCCAUUUUGCCGGACCAACCAAGGUCAGGUAAAAUAAUUCAACAAUACACCUCUGACCCAUUAAUUAUACACCUCCCAUGUCUCUAAAGCACCAUGGAUUGUUAGAAACUUAAUUUAAACAAAUAUUAAAUGUGAAAAAGCCAUAAUUUUGAGC